UCUAUGCAGAGUUUAGUGUCAUCGCGAGCGUGCGUAGCUUGGGUCGUGUGUGUUUUUAUCAGCACUAUAUUGUUUGCAUCCAUUGUAUAAAUAUGACACGAAAAAUUGCUCGGUGUAGUCAUAAUUCAUACGUAUCUGUCGUGUUGUAACGGAAAAAAGUUUAUUUACUAUAAAUCGUGUCGUGCCGUAUUUUAUUGGUCCGCUACAUAGUAAAAUAAUGAAUUUAACACGCCGCCGCAGUCUUCUGUUUGAAUUGUCGUGAGCCUUGUUGUGGGAUCGAUUUUUAGGUGUUAUUAAUGAAAUUACGGAGGUGCUCGCGAGUGAUAUUGUUACAUAAAGAACCCGUUUUAAAACACUCCCGUUACGGUGGUGUUCAGUCUUGUUCGAGCUGUGGAGCGCUUAUAAUCGAUAGAAGUUAAUAAAAAAUGCAUAUUUUCCCCAUGGUUUCAUAAAGGAUCGGGUCAAUACAGUGCCGGCUCGACCUACGUUACGAAUGUUGUUGAUUCUCGUUCAAAAUGUGCUAUUGUUGAUGACUGCAGUGCGACCGAUUUAUUUAAUUUUAAAGUGAUUGUGAUUAUGACAACAUACUUACUGUUUUGUUGUGCCACGGACUUUUCCACAGCAAGAGAAGCCGCAUCGUCCCGCGAAUGAUUUCAAAAACAAACAAAUCGAUAAUUACACCAAGAACUCGACAGACGACUAGAAUAAUUAAUUUAACAUCAGUAUUAUGUAAUAAUAAGUGAUUCGUUUCGCUAAACCGCCAUCUUGUCUGCUAUGGCUGCCAUUUUCAAUAUGUUUCGUGUUAAAAUGGGUGUAGUGAUAGCAAGGAUCUGUCUACUUCUGAUGCUGGCCGUCUACUCUUCAUAUGGCGGCGGCUGCAACUUCCCAGAAGGUUGGACGGGAGGCUGGUUCCAGUCGGGCAUACCAGGGCUCAUCUACAUCAACUCCACCACCAUGCAGGGCAAGGGGGACUGCGCUGAAACAGACUCCAAUGACAAGUUCCUCGUUUACGACAGGAACGAAGACUGCUACAGAUGUUUAGUCAUACAUGAAAAACACAAAUACGUACUACAGUAUAAAGAAACAUACUGCAGAGAGCGAGACUCCCUAUCAACGAUGUGUGAGUCCAUCACCGGGGACGCCGCCCUAUACUCCAUGUUCAGGAAGGAGCCCCGGCCGAUACCGGAGCCCUGCCCCUUUCAUCCAGCGCCGUUCACAUUCACUUAUAGUCGUGGGUCAGGCGACUGCGCGAACCCGCCGUCUCGCGCGGAAUCGUGCACCGACGACUCGCGACUGCUACUGCGCUACAUGGCCUGCCCUGAUGUACCAGGCACGGAGAGCAAUGUCGAGGAGUUGAUCUGCUUGGCUACAUGGAAGGAAGGCUCCACGCGCUACCUGGUGGGGCUCAUCUCACAAGUGCAGAGGAGAAACUCCAUCUCCACCGACGAAGAUAUGUACAGGUGUUUCGUGUACAAGGGGCAGCACGCGGACAAGACGGUGACGUACACCAUAGCACAGUCGGGCGACGCCACCUGCAACGGACUCACCUCCUCCGUCGACGGCAGCCGCACCAUGAAGCUCACUAACAUCGACGACGAGCACAACCGCUGCCACUUCCCCAGCUGGGUGGUGGAGCACCACAAGUGGUUCAGCCUCGACCACACGCACCAGUACCAUUUCACCACCAAAAACGCCACGCUCAAGAUAAUGAACGAAGAUGGUUCGUUCGAGGAGAAGCGGCUGGUGUGCCACUCCAUCCUGGAACAGAAAGACAAGCAGUUUGUCAAGCUGGUCGCCCAUCUCACUCGAGGAUGCGAGUCGGGCCACGUGUGUGUGUCAGUAUGGCGGCGCGGCGGCGGAGUACUGGAGCUGCAGCUGGGAGCCGCCCUCCACGACGCGCCCCACCACGCCUGCUCCACCGGGCAUAGCGCGCCGCAUGUCACGCUCCUGUCGACGUCGCUAUACCCGAUGCGUUGUCCAAUGCUGGGCCGCUACACGGUCGUGGACUCACUCGCCGACCGACGGAGAAGGCGGCAACAACUUACUAUUGACGAGGCCACGGGCGAGGAGGUGGCGGAGAAGCCGGUGGAGUGCGUGAUGGGGCACUACGACAGCGCCAGCGUCGGCUGCGGGGCCGCGCAGGACACCAUCGUCUUCCAGUCCGCCUGUACCAGCGCCGUGUACACAUGCUACGGCAGUUGGCGCGAGGGCAACCUGGGCCUGGUAGUGGCCGGCGCCGCGCGGCCCUCCUCCAGACCUCACGCCCUCUGCUUCCUCUACACCAACUAUAUCGCUAAUGACUCGUCUGGUACGGCGGUACAGUACCUGUCGCUGUCUGGAGUGUCCCGGUCGUGUGACCGCGCCGUGCUGCCCGGCCUGGCGGGCGACAAGGCGUACAACCUUACGCUCAAUGGUACGUGUGAGCAGAGUAGCAAGUACAACAGUGUAGCAGUGCGACUGUACCCAGCGUUAGUAGUCCUGCUGAUACCCCUCGCGAUACUAGCGCGGUGAUACGCCGCCUACCGCUGAGGCGAGACGGGGCUCCCACUGCAAACGAAAACUAAUGCUGCGAUAUUUACCCGACUGCGCCAGAAGGAGGGUUAUUUUAUUAAGAAAUACACUUAACAGUCACACUCAGAGAUAUUUAAUAAUUAUUUUAACUAUUCUUUAGUAACGAUUUUGCACCUAAAACAAUUGCUAAGGAUUCCUUUAAGUAACCAUUGAAUGACUCUGAGUGCGGCGGUAAGACACUUUAACACUUUUGUAAAGCCGGCAACGCACUUGUAACUCCUUUGGUGUUUCGGGUGUCCAUUGCCGACUCGUAUCUAACCAUCAGGUAUCAUAUUAUUUUCCGUCAAUGAAAAAAAGUCCCUAAAUGUACUCAAUAGUGGACUAAUUAUUGAAAUAUGAACUUUAUAACACAGGUAUUACAAUUGAAAAUCAAGGAAUAUGGUAUAAUCAUGUUGAUAUACAUUAAGUUUUCUUAAGCCUCGGCAGCUUAGUAGGAAUUUAAAUUUAUUACAAUGGCAACACUCAAGUUUAACUGUCAAAUGUGUUGAAAUGUUGCCAGAUUUAAGGUAUUUUUUUUUUACUUUUUUUGUAGUUUUUUAUAUUUUUGGUUGUUUUUUUAUUAUUUUUUUUAAUUUGUAAGUGGGAACUCUGUAUAGAAAUUUCUGAUUGUGUGCUAUAUUAUUAAAAUAUAAGUAAGGAAGGAACGAAACAAUGUUUUUUUGAAACGAAGCAACGUGAUUGUAUUUGUAUAUAUUAUAAAAAAAAGAUAUAAAUUUGAAUAAACAGAUGAUAUGACGAUUUUUAAUAAAUAAAUAAAUAAAUGUUACUUAUCUAAUUUAAUUAUUGUGUAAUGACACGUUAUUUAGAGAUUUCAUGAGAAAAUUAUUGAUUGGUCGAGAACUCGAGUCGUCAUAAAUGUGACUAUCGCGGAUUCCCGAGUUCGGUUUUCGGGUUGGGCGAGAGUAAUUUUCGAAAAAUCUUCGAUUUUCUUAUGAUUUAAAUCUAAAGGCGUGCAAAUAUUUUUAUUUUUUAAACAUACUUAGGUAGUAUAUUAAUACGGUCGCUGUCAUACUUGAAAUUCUACCAACAAACCGACGAUUUGUCGCUGCAAUUAGUCGCACGAUUAGUCUUAGUUUAAAUUUAAAUAGAGCUAUUUUGAAAGCUGUCCUAGACUCGCUGUGGUAGCAAGCAUGCGACAAAUCGCUGCGAUUUUUUUGGUAAAGCACGUUUUAUCUGCUUUCAGUAUUUUUCGGCGUAGUAAGUUCGGCAGCUACUUUUAAAGAGAUUGCUCAAAAAUCGCGCGACUAAAUUGUCGGGUUUGCGAUUUUUUUUCAAAUAUGACAUCGGUUUUUACUGUACAAUAUAAUAAAUAUAUAGAAAAGAACGCUUUCAAAGUAUACACUGUAUGCAUAACGUAAAUACAUAGCUGAGGCCCAUUUCUGGAGAUAGGCGCUACGCUAAGCCAUCUAAACCUUAGUUUAAAAAUAAUGACUGCAUUUAUUUUCAUUUUAAUAUCAUAUUAAAAUAUUAUAUUUAGAUUUUAGUAACUAUUUAUUUAAAAAUGCAAGAAAAAAUACCAUAAAUUCACACUAAGCGUCGGUUUAUAUCUGACGCAAAAUACGUCGAGCGUAUCAUCGGUCGCAAUGACGUAUCAUCGGUUGAGUGUGAACGGUCAAUUGUUUUUCUAUACAUUUGUCUGUUCUGGCGUUACGCGACCGAUGAUACGCGACGCAUGUUCCGUCAGAUAUGAACCGACCCUAAUCUAAUAUUUUUUACCAAUGUCAACACUUAUUUUUAUCUUAUAAAAUAAAUAAAUAGGCUCCUCAGUCCAGCAGUGGGCUCCAGCUACAAAAUAUACAGAAAAUAUAAUUAUAAGACUAAUUUAGAUAGAACUAAAUGUAGAUAAAAACUAUGCUCAGCCGAUUUUUCGAUUAAUUUUCGAAAUACGUCCAAGUUUUUUCAAAUUUUUUUCGUAAGUUUUUCGUGAUUUUUUCGUAACUAUUGCAGCUAAGAGAGUACGAAAUGGGAACUUUUUACUAGUCAUAUCGAUAUUAAAAUGUAGUAUUUCAUUUCAAAUUGGGCAAAGUAUAAUUGUGUUUUUCAAAAUUUUCAGUCGUAUCAACAUUUCGUAUUGAGUAUUAAAUUAUUCCAUCCAUAGCCAUAUUAUAUUAAUACUUACUCUGUCUACUUUCGAUGAUUAUCAGUUUAACAUCAAUUUGUUUACAAAUAUUGUAAAAAUAAAAUAAAAAAUAGGUUCUCGGAAAAAAAAAUAUUUUAACAAAAAAAAGGUUCGUAUUUCGUACUAUAUACAUACAUAGAUAUAAUCUUAAAACUUUAAUUUGUAUGUAAACAAAUAUUUAUUGAACUCUUCCUUUCUUUCUUUUUUGGGGUCAAAAACCAAAAAAAAUAAUAAUAUAGAGCAAAUGUUGGUUUUGAGUCAGACAAAACAUUAUUUUAAAGUCAGCAUCUAAAUAACAGUGACCUGUGUUUGGCACAAGACUCUCAAUCAAAAAAGAUGUAUUAGUUUAAUAAGUAUCUACCUACAUGUCUACCUACCCCUUUUCGGUUAAAAGACGUGGCACUUUUUUAAAGUGUAAUUCAAAUAAUAUAUCAAUCGUCCAGUGACAUAAAAUUCCACGUUGAAAAAAGUAUACAUUGUAUGCAACGCAUUCGUGACACCUCUGGUGUUGCAGGUGUAUUAAGGCUACGAUAUCCGCUUACCAUCAGUAUCCUUAGAAAACAAAACGAGAACGUUUGGUUCACGUUUGGCUCUGAUUGGCCGGUUCGAAUAAACCAACCUAAUAGAGGGCUUAGUACGAGUUUUUAUGCGUAACUAGCGUGCAUUCGGGGCUCGGAUUGGUUUGUUCAUUUGCGCCGGCCAAUCAGAGCGCCGAACGCGCCCUUGUUUUGUUUUCGUUCAACGUAAAGCAAACUCAUACUAAGGAUACAAAGCGCCGAACGCCGUCUCGUUUCGAUUACUUUAAAAGUUUAGCAAACUCGAACGAAACUCAAGGAUACAGACAGGCCGUAAGCCUUGUUGGUACCAAUAGUAGCAUAAAAAUGUAUCUUCACCCAGUACAGACCCCAAUUCAAAUAUAAUUUUCCGAAUUCUUUAUCUUCCUUUUAGCUUUUGAUGCAAAAAAAAAUCAAUAAUGACCAACAGUAGAUAUAUAAAUUAUACAUUUGCUCAUAAAACUAACAUACAUAGUCGUUUUUUUUUUUUAUUUUGGUAUGUGAUAACUAUAACUCAUAAGUACCCCUUUGCGCACGGCGUAACUUGUAUAACAUGCGACUUAUAACAUAACUGGCGAAAAAUGGGUGUAACAAUUAAAAAAAAACUUUAAAAAAUGCGACUAAAUCAGUCGACUUUUAGUCGCAAGUUCCGCCCGUGUGCAAAGGAUGGAAACAUUGUAAAUAUUAUCAAGUUCCUGUAAGCUUUUAGUUGAACUCAAAUUUUUCGUUUGUGAUAAUAUUCUGGUUCAGAAUGUCGAUGCUUGCCUAACUAACUGAUUUAAAAGACAUAUUAUGUAGUCCGAGAGACUUUAUGUACAUAAUUUUAGCUGGGUAACUUAUGCAGUCUUGCGAUUGAGUCGCGGUAUUUUGUAAUAUAUGCAUAUUUAUAAUUGCAAUCCUGUAUAUUUGGUUACCAGUGAUAGAUAAAGUAAUCUAUUUAGUAAAAUCGCACCCAAUGCCAAUGCGACUAAAAUGUCGCGACCAAUCGCAAGUGUGCAACUGACUAUUAAAAAACGCAUUUUUAAAAAAACUACAGGUUGAAAGUAUUAUUUUAUAAAUAUAACCGGAGAUAAUAAUAGUUAAUAAAUAAUAAUAUUGAUAUUGAAGAAAAAUAAUUAUUAUACAUAAAUGAAGAACGAAAAAAAUUUCAUACAAUCAUUUUUAUCGAAAAAAAAUGUUUUUUUUAAUAAAAAAAAACGUGUUUAAAAUGCACUAAAAUGUUAAAAAAUUAAAUUCACUUAGAUUUGUAAGGGCUUUUUGUUUUUUAUUUAUUGUAUUUAUAUUUAAAUUUAAUUAAAUUUAAAUUCGAGAAAGGCGGGGGAUUUUCACAUUGUGAAUAUGCACUUGAAUUCUUAUGUAAAAAAAAAAUGUAAUACUCUAUUGGGGAUGUACUUUCGCGUGUAAAUAUUUUCUUUUUUCUGCUAAAUAAAUUUUUGUGAUAUCAAUUUUUUUUUGUUUUUUCAUGUAAAAUAAAGCAUUGUAUGAACGUUGUGUGGCGCUCCAAAAAUUGUUUUCGAUUUAGCCACGACAUACGAUUUGUAACUAAUAAUGUAUAAGCCUAUUAUUAUAUUUUGAUUACUGAAAUAUAUUUGAAAAAUAAAA